AUGCGUAUGACGGGCAAGCGUAAGAUGACCAAAGGCGUCUUGUCGCCAACCAGAAUCUUGUCCGCCUCGGUAACGCCGCCAUCAGCUGAUUCUCCUGCUCCCGCGGUCAAGAAAAAUGUUUGCGAGCACUGCAAGUUCGUCGUGGCGCCGGGACUCGAACCCUUCAGAAGCUCUCAAAGAAUCGUCUGGCACUCGAUGUCGCACUUGCCUUGGAAUCGAUUCCAGUGCUCAGUAUGCAAGCAGUGUGCGGCGCAACGAGGAAGCGUCCUGCGCCAUCAGAAACGUCACCACGGCGGCGACGGCACGGUUAUUGACAUGUCCACCCCCGAGUACUUCGACGCGUUGGUGAAGACGGCGUGCCUCGGAUUUCCGCUCCAGACCGAGGAGAUCAAGAAAAAUGUGGCCAGCAUCCGGAACCAAACGCUGCAGCGUGAAUGGCUGGACGAAGAGCCCAUCGAAAAUCAGUGCAGGAAGUGCGGCAAGCGGAUCUUGGCGCAAGCCGGAUCGGCGCUUCUGCGCCACGUUACCACCCAUUUUGGAGGACGGCCCUGGAAAUGCUCACUGUGCAAAUUUCGCGGCCGGGCACCUCGGCAUAUCCGCCGGCACCAGGAAUCCAUGCACGAAUCGAAGGGAACGGCAGUAAAUACCAGAGCCCCAGAUUACUACAAAAAAUUGAUGCAAGGCGCAAAUGAGUGCUUCCCGCUGCAGGACGACCAGCUGAAAUACGCGCUGGAAUGCAUGCGAAAUGACCGGCGAGGAGAGGGAGAUGGAGAUGGAGACGAUUCCGGGGAGGACGAGCACUAUGGAGAAUUGACCGAUGAUGAGGAAGAUAGGGCGGAAACGGAUUUCGCCUCUCAGCCCACGCGAAGGUCGCAGCGGCUCGUGAAGGCUUCAGCCGCAAAGCGAGCCUAUGAUGAGACGCAUGAAGAUGAAGAGCUUGACGCUGAAAAUCUGACCUAUGACGAAACGGCAUCUCACUAUGAUCAGGAUCAAUCUUUCAACGAUCAGUCACUAGACCCGACCCCAACGCCUGCCACAACAACCAGCCUUCGGAAAAGAAUCAAGCGUGAAGCAGCUGAAACCGACAAUCGGAGCUCAUCGUCGGGUCUUGAAAGCCUUUUGCAAACACAGAACCUCCAUCUACUCGAAGAAAAUGAGGCUCUUCGGAAACAGAUUGUCAAGCGUGACCAAGAGAUUGGCGAACUGCAGAUGAAGCUCGCAGAAGCGGAAAGGAAAGCGGAAGAGAGAUUGAAGACUCCCGAUGAAUCGGAUAAAAAACGAGACGCGCAGAAAGAGCUGCUCGGCCAGCUCAGCUACGAGAACCGGGAAAUGAAGCGCGAGAUCGAGGAGCUGAAGCGGCGCAAGAACGUCGAA